AUGGCUACUUCCUCUUUGUCACGGAUUAUCUUGUUGCGACAAAGAGGGCUUGUAGCGUCGAGGGAGGUCGGCUGCAAACGGCCAAGGAAACAAUGCGCCCGAGCUCUAAACAAAGAAAACCAUGACAUCCCCAACGCAGUCGCAUGGAAUCCAUCUCCAGGCUUCUCGAUAGCUCUCAGGAUUAUACAGGUUCUGGAAAUCACCAUGACGGAAAGACACUACGACCCCAAGCCGCUCCGGGAGCGGCGCCGCCACGUCGGCUUCGCCCCCGACGACAUUGAUGACAAAGACGAAGAGCCCAUCGAGAAACAAGAGCUGGACCUGCCAGAAGAGGGACCAGAAGAUUCCAGGAGACUGAAACUAUACCUCCUCUUCGCGAUCAUGCUCGCGAUCGUGGGCUUCUGGCUCAGGGUCGACUAUGCGCUGGCCAACAGCAGCCAGACCCCGGUCGUCUGCUACCUUCCCCACUGGCCUCGACCGGAGAAGUGUUCUGAAGCAGGAGCGGCGCGGAACAUGCGGGAGCUGUUCCAAAGCGGGUUUGCCCGUUGGAGAGCAGCUGGGCGAUCUUCGAGAUCUAGCGGGACGACAGUCACGUCGAUACAUCGCGUCGCUCGCGGCCUCGAGUACGUCGAUUUGGUUCGGAAGAUCCAUCAGGUCGCAGUUGACAAUUAUCUGGUGACGGAACUGCUGAAAGGCGGUUUUGAUAAUGGCGAUGACUUCGUUUGGCAGUGGUCUUUAGCAGGCCGGAGAGCAGGGGGAUUGUCCGAACCGAACAUGAUAGAGCUCCGUGUGAAAUUCCACAAGCUGCGCUCAAACCUGCCCGAUCAAUUCGCCCAACUCAUUUCCAACAGCGAGUACAUGGCAACCAAAUCGCUGCAGUAUACUGCACAGCUAGAUUUCCACGCACAGGAUUUUGGGAGGAAAGAUCGUGUGUAUGGAAGCCGCAGAGUCGGAACUAAAGCAGAGAACGACAUUGCGAACGCGGUUCACGACAUCUUCGCAAUGAUAGAGCCGCGGGCCCACGCCCUCCGACGUACCAUCGACAGAAUGCUCCCAGCGAUUGCGCAGAUGGACCUUAUCCUGAGCACGCUCGCACAUCCCCAAGGCGGCCGUCCACACAAACCAGACAUGCACGCACUCCAGGAUGAGGAUCUGUGGCGGAGGAAUCUCCAGCCGUACAUGAAGGACAGGCUCGACGCGUUCAACUGUUCAGAGAUUGCCGAGUAUGUGGGUGCCGUUGCGCGGGCGCGCAAAGCUGUGGAAGUGUCGAGGGAGCUGCUCGGAGAGUAUGAGAUUGCGACGAGGCUCUUCCUGAUUCCGCACGGCUCGUUGAUCCUGGAAGGGACGAAUGUGGACGCGGAGUUGCAGAAGUGGAUCAAGUCCAUGCGAUACUCUGUGGCUGAGUGGCGAGAGAACUUUCGGCCGCUGUCAGAAAAGAACUUUCGAACGAUUGCGGGCGUGCAAUAG